AUGCUCCCAGAGUCGCUUGAUGCCUUGGACUCCUUGGACCUUCCGAGUCAGAUAGCACACACCGCCUUUAUCCUUCUCUCCUUGGGCUUGCUGGGGUCAUGUGGCCGUCGACUCCCAGCAGCUCACGAAGCUGUAGUCGCUUGCGCAGCGAUCUUAGGUGUUCUGAGGUUUGCUUUGGGGAUUUCGUUUGGGAGCUUUGGAAUCUAUGCUGUGCAAGACUUCCUGCUGAACUUGAGCCUCGUGACUGCGCCGGAAGCCUCCAAGCAGACCGAGGAGCUCCGUCGCGGCUUCACAAGUUGUCAGAAUGCCCACUGCUCUUCUGACAAAGAUGCGGAGGCCAUUUGGGGGGAGAUCGAAAGAAGCGGACUCCUCUCAGAGGUGGAGGACGCCGUGGGAGCCUUGCGCUCCAUGAACGUCUGCGCCAAGGAGCUGAGGCAAAGACUCCAAAUGACGGGGCCGUUGGGGGAUGCUUCCGACUGGAAUCGAAGCAUCGUCGUCAGUAGCUCCUUCGCCUUCUGGGGAUUUUCCCCGCUUCUGCUCCUCGCCUACGCCCCGGGCGGCGACUGUGAGAGAUCGAUUUCUCAUCCUGCAGCGAGGCACGCUGUGGGUCCGCUUGAUGCGUCCCACCGCUUCAUGCCCAAGAUUGGUUCAAGCAACUUCUCCAAGCGAGCCUUGGGAUCCCCGUUCAGCCAGAUGGCAGCCUGGGCAAAGGACGAGAUUGGUGAGGCCUACCAGGCCGUGGUGCCUUCCGGCUUGAGUAACUCUUUUGCACAGCUUCUGUGCGCGAAGGCCGUGCCGCCGCCUGCCAAGCCUGCCCUCGAGGCACCGCUACAAACGCUCCUUUCAAAGGCGACUGUUCCUGCUGCAGCUGCUAUGCCGCCUGCCCUUGAGGAUUUCAUGGCAGACUAUCUGUCAUUCCAGCUCACGGAGGAGCAGGCUGAGUUGUCAUUCCAAAGAGUCCUCGAGGAACUUUCGAGCGAUCGGAUUCUUGAGACAUUCACAUUCCUGAAGGAGGCUGUGGCACAACCCGACAUUCACGAUUCUUUCAUACGAUCGCUCUUUUCAAAGGCGACUGUUCCUGCUGCAGCUGCUAUGCCGCCUGCCCUUGAGGAUUUCAUGGCAGACUAUCUGUCAUUCCAGCUCACGGAGGAGCAGGCUGAGUUGUCAUUCCAAAGAGUCCUCGAGGAACUUUCGAGCGAGCAGAUUCUUCAGACAUUCACAUUCCUGAAGGAGGCUGUGGCACAACCCGACAUGCACGAUUCUUUCAUACAAUCGCUCUUUUCAAAGGCGACUGUUCCUGCUGCAGCUGUCAUGCCGCCUGCCCUUGAGGAUUUCAUGGCAGACUAUCUGUCAUUCCAGCUCACGGAGGAGCAGGCUGAGUUGUCAUUCCAAAGAGUCCUCGAGGACCUUUCGAGCGAUCAGAUUCUUGAGACAUUCACAUUCCUGAAGGAGGCUGUGGCACAACCCGACAUGCACGAUUCUUUCAUACAAUCGCUCUUUUCAAAGGCGCUUGAAGAAUUUGAAGGGGGUGUCAAGUGGUGUGCUUUGGAUGCCAGGAUUUCAUGGCAGCUGUGGCACAACCCCGACAUGCACGAUUCUUUCCUACAAUCGCUCUUUUCAAAGGCCACUUCGCCGCUGCUCUUUUCAUCGAGGAGGAAUGGAAACCUGGACCACGUUUGGCAGGCCGAUGCGCAUGGCUUCGGCUCGGGGGGCGAGCUGUCGACACGGUAUGGCCACGACCAAGGUUUGCGGGAGGGUCUCAAGAAGAGCGGCGUGCCACCAAAAGAGGUUUACAUCACCUCCAAGAUUCCUCCCGAGCGCAUGGGUUUCGACGAGACGCUGGCAGCCGCUGCCGAGGCGCGGAGGAUGAUCGGGCGGCCAGUGGAUUGCUUGAUGAUCCACUGGCCGGGUCGGGCCUGGCCCAAGCGGAGCUCCGACCCAGACUGCGUUCGAGGCAAGGGAGCCGAGCUCCCGGGCGACUGGUCAGAGUGCCGGCGCGGGACGUGGGAGGCCCUUCAGUCCCUGAAGCGCGCCGGAGAAGUCCGUCACAUCGGUGUCUCCAACUAUGAGUUGCCCCAUUUGGCGGAGCUGGAGAUGCACUCGCUCGAUGUCUUACAGAUCGAGUUCCACCCCUGGUGGCGCAGGGCGGACCUCCUCGCCUGGUCCAAGGAGCACGGUGUGCAGCUGGUGGCCUACGGCAGUUUGGGAGGAGUUGCCUCCGAUUGGUUGGGCGACGGUGCGCUCGCAAAUCUGGGGAAGGACCAAGGUUUGACCGUGGCCCAGCUGCUUCUGAACUGGGCCACCAGCCAAGGGGUUUCGGUGAUUCCAUCGGCUCGAAGUGAGCGGCACAUGCUUGAGAAUUUGAACUGUUGCGAAAAGAGGCUGUCGCAGAGAGCUUCUGAGAUCUUAUCUUCCCAGCCAGACUGGCUGCAGCGGAGGAUCCAGCCGGAUCCGAGGUUCAUUACCGUUCCUGGCGUGUCUUUGGAGGAGUUUGGCGGCCCGGUCCCGCCUUCUCACGCUCGGCUGGACCUCUUCGGCGCUGUUGAUCAGCUCCACAUGGGUGUUUUGCGCCAGCAGUGCUGGCACGAGCACUUUCAGCCCUAUCCCUGCUGCCAUCCUUCCUUCGGACCGGAAGGCCUUGCAAGCUGUUGGGGAACAGGAUUUGCGUUCCUCGACUGUUGCUUGCCGCCUACGAUCCUGAAGCUGACGUUGCCACUUGCAAUACCCUGGCUGCCGGAGGAGGUCGACUUUAUCGUCGUGGGCGCAGGCUCGGCCGGCAGUGUGGCCGCCUCACGGCUGGCCCGUCGCGGUUUCUCGGUGGCUUUGCUCGAGUCUGGUGGAAUGGGGUAUGCUGGCGGGGUGGACUCCAACCCCAACCCGUCUGCACCGGAGCAAGCCGAUCUCUGGUACGUGAACGAUAUCGAGUGGGGCUUGGGGAAGGUGACCCGAGCAACGCAGAUCAUCCAUGGCCGCGGCCUUGGCGGCACCUCCUCCGUGAAUGGCCGCUACUACACGCGGACCUACCUCCCCUUCGAUCUUGAGGUGGUUUCGAAGGCUUACGAAGAUGUGGAGUCGGAUCUGGAGAUGCACACCGAGGAUUUGGACGGUGAGAGGUCUCCAUGGCAGGCAGCCAUCCUGGAUGCCCUCGCAGAGGCCGGCGUUCCCUUCCGCCAGAAUGCCUCGAUGUCGUGGCACGGCACAUCUGUUGGCCCCACCCAGCGGAUUGCUCGCUGCCGGCACACGUCUCUUGGGCCGUCGUCCUACCACUGCGCCCUUGGUGCCGAGAAGUCUCAGCCAGGAGAGGGAGGAGAGGGAGCCCGAGUCCGAGUCGUGUCGCAGGCGCACGCGGUGCGGGUGCUUUUGGAAGGCGGCCGAGCGCGCGGAGUCCUGGUUGGCAGCGGGGGCGCGAGCGGCCGCGAGGCGUUGGUUCGCUGCCGGCGUGGCGUCGUUGUGAGCGCCGGCGCCUUGCAGACCCCGGCUCUCCUUCAGCGUUCGGGGAUCGGCAGCCGCGAGGAUGCACAACGCUUGGGGAUCAAGCUAGAAGUGGAGAGCCCGGCGGUGGGCGGUCACCUCCAGGAUCACCAGUACCUUGCUUUCCGAGUAAGAACGCCACUGCCUUGCAUGGAGCCUGAGCCGCACCGCGGCGGGAGCCUCUACGCCUUCUACUCCCGCUUAAAGCACCCAGGCCCUGCAGGCCCUGCAGGCCGCUCCAGCGGCUCCAGCCGGCCCAGGCUGGAGCUCCAGAUGCUUCCGCAUUGCACCAAAAGCGAAGGCCCCCAGCUGGAGCUGAAAAGCUUUCUGAUUUUACUCCGGAGCCGAAGCGAUGCCGGCCGCGUGCUGGCCCGCUCCAUGGACCCGUCCGAGCCUCCCGGAGUGCUUUUGGAUCCCUUUGCAGGCAAUGCCUCGGACGUGGCAUCCCUCCUCCGAGGGCUCCGCGAACUUUACGGCGUACUGCAGAAAGCCUGGCCAGAGUUGUCCUUCGAGCCUUCCUACGAAGACCUUAUGAAGGACGAUGUCGCCGGACGGCAUUGCGCUCAAUUUCUGGGUUCCUGGCAGCACCCGAUGGGAACUUGCCGUGUUGGGAAGGUGCUGGACGCCCGGCUCGGGGUGCGUGGGGUGCGGGGCCUUUGGGUGGCCGAUGCGUCGGCACUGCCCGACUGGGCGCUGGCCGGGCACCCCGACGCCGGCGUCCGUGCUCUCGGCUCCCUGGUCGCCACCUUCGCGGCCGAAGAUUCCGGAUCACCAGGUCUACGCAAUUUCUUGGAGCAGCCGCGGCCAUCAGCUGAGAAGCACAAGCUGAUCACCGUCGCCAACUUUGCCAGACACUUUGCUCGCAAAGGGCGCCUCGGCAGCUUGAUGAACCUGAGGGACAUGGUUACAAUGCAGCAGUCGGCACUUUGGGUGCUGGCUUUUUUCCCGUGCUGUGUAGAUGCCGCCUCUUUACGACGGAGUAAGAUGACCUUCAUCGAGGAGAAGAUGUCCAUGCAGAUGAAGCUCAUGAUGCCAGAGAGGGCGACCCUGAACAACAUCGAGGCCUCCGUCCUAAACAUGGCGAAGCUGAGACAAUCCAAGCACGGUGAGGGUGGGAGCAAUCUGACGGGCUUCCUGGACCAGAUCCAGGGCCUGAUCGACAAGACCAUGAAGACCAACAUAGUCACAAGGCAGAAUCAGACACAGCUGGACCUGGAUUCGGCUUGGGCCAACCUUAGCACGUGCCCGCAUCCCAACGACACGGACUUUGUAGAUACGCUCGCCGAGCUCGACAAAGGUCACACAGAAUGCAGAACGACCCAGGACACCAUGUGGUCUACCUACAAGCAGACGUGCAUCACCGAGAGGGAGAUCUUCGAGAACGAGAAGAAGGCUAUCUGCGAUCAGUACAAGAGCAUCAAUGUCUUCCCGAACCCGACGACCACCUGUGUGAUGGCCGAGGGCACCGCGGUUCCAACCAUCGGCAACUACUUGACUGCAAUGGAGGAACACUUCACCAAGAAGCACGAGACGCUGAAGGAGUGGAAGGACAAGUGCGACACCGCCCUUGCUACUCCGUUCCCGGGCGAUCCGUUGUGCUUCGAGAAGGUUUGUACGUACUACGACAAGAAGAUCGACUGCGACAAGAAGCAAGCGACUUUCGAGCAGAAAUCCUGUGAUUUGCACCGCACCUACCGCUGUAGCAGCUACACGAGCUGCUACGAUCAGCGCAAGGACGUCUACGGGAACGUCGUCUCCCUGGCAAAGGAGAGUGAAGUGGCUGCGAAAUCUGAGUGGAGGGCCGUCAAAAGGAUUGAGUGUCUCAUCAACGCUCUGCGCGUCGCAGAGAGCGAGCUAGAAGGAGCCAUCGAUGCGUGCAAGGCCAAGAGGCACACGACGGAGCCUGUUGAGUUGACAUACCACGGUGACCCUCCAGCAGCAAGAUCCUGCCAGGAGGUCUACUUGCAGCCCGGAUCUGCAGUGUUCUCGAGCACGUGGUACACUGGCAUGCCUGUUGAUGCGCCCGCGGCGAGCUGUGCCUCCUCGCAGGGCCAUUGCUUGAAUGAUAAUGCGCAGCCCUCACAGUACGAAAGGUUGGCCUUGAAAGCUCAGCUUGCCACACCAGAAGUGUUGCAUGGCCGAGGCGUUCAACCCGACGUAUCCUUCGACGGUGACCUGUCCCUAUGUCCCCGCAUCCGCAGUCACGACAACGACGACGACCACUACCACCGCGAAAAAGGCGGCCCCGGCCUUCGUGAUGAACUCGCCGUCGCCAUUCUCAGGCGGCAUGACGUUCGGUGCCGGGAUGAUAAGAAGAUAGGUCCCUGUGUGAUGCAUGUCGCUUCGAAGGCCGGCAGGACUAGCGAAGGAUACCCUUUCGCCCUCCGGGUUUCGCAGAUCAUGGGCAAGAAGAGCUACCAGAACUAUGGGAAGACUUUCAGAAAGCCGAAGAGACCCUUCGAGAAGGAGCGUCUCGAUGGAGAGAUGAAAAUCAUUGGUGAGUACGGCCUCAAGAACAAACGUGAGGUGUGGCGCGUGCAAUAUGCCCUGGCCAAGAUCCGCACGGCCGCGCGCACACUGCUGACGCAGGAGGAGAGGAGCGAGACCAGGAUUUUCCAGGGAGAGGCCCUCCUGAGGCGCAUGGUUCGCCUUGGCUUGCUCCUGGAAUCCGAGAAGAAGCUCGACUUCGUGCUGGGCCUGACCACGGCCAAGAUCAUGGAGAGGCGUCUGCAGACCAAGGUCUUCAAGCUUGGCCUUGCCAAGUCCAUCCACCACGCCCGCACUUUGAUCCGCCAACGCCACAUCCGUGUGGGGAAGCAGAUCUGCGACAUUCCCUCCUUCCUGGUGCGCCUCGACAGCGAGAAGCACAUCGACUUCGCUCUGACCUCGCCUUUCGGAGGCGGCCGCCCGGGGCGCGUGCGCCGCAAGAUGAUGGCGUCCAAGGGCGGCGGUGGCGGUGGCGACGACGAGGAGGACUGA